AAAAGCCUCCUAAUCCCAAAUUUCAACUUGCAUCACCAACAAAAACAAUUACAAACAUAAUUUUCUCAGCUUCUCUCCUCAUCAUCAUCGUCGUCGUCGUCGUCGUCUCCACCACUUGUCCAACGUCGAUCCACUCUUCUUCGUUCUUCUUCACCACCCAAAGUCACUUAUGGCCAUUACCAGUCCCACCCUACUACACCUUCUUCUGCUCCUCCUUUUCUCUUUAGGAAAUGUGGGGUACGGAACUGUAUUCACGCUCCAAAACCAUUGCAGCUACACAGUAUGGCCAGGGACACUAUCGGGAAACGGAGCGGGGAUUCUCGGCGAUGGCGGUUUCGUCUUACCGUCCGGUGAGUCAGUGCAUCUCACAGCACCACCGGGUUGGUCGGGCCGGUUCUGGGGCAGGACUCAAUGCAACUUCGACGAGUCUGGUAAUGGAAAAUGCGAGACUGGAGACUGUGGCCCGCUAAAAUGCACCGGGGGUGGAGCCCCGCCUGUCACCCUGGUCGAAUUCACGAUCGGGUCAGCCUCAACUGACAAGGAUUUCUACGACGUCAGCCUCGUCGACGGUUACAACGUCGGGAUGGGAGUCAAGGCCGUGGGAGGAAGUGGCGAUUGCCAGUACGCCGGCUGCGUGAACGACUUAAAUGGGAACUGCCCUGCGGAGCUUCGGGUCACGGAUUCGGGUUCGGGUUCGAUAAUCGCGUGUAAAAGCGCGUGCGCGGCUUUCAACGCGCCGGAGUUUUGCUGCACCGGAGACUACGCGACGCCACAAACAUGCUCACCAUCGCAGUACUCGGCCAUGUUCAAGAGCGCGUGUCCUACCGCGUACAGUUACGCUUACGACGAUGCGUCCAGUACCUGUACCUGCUCCGGGUCGAAUUACUUGAUCACGUUUUGCCCAACCGGGUCAUCUGUUUGAUGAACCUUCGUAUUAUAGGAAUGAGGCUUUCUUAAAUUAUAUGUUUGUACGAGUUUAAUUAGCAUUCCGAGCCUAUGUGAUCGAUAAAGCUAAGCUACUGUUUUAAUUUAUAUAUUUAUUUUUCAUUGGAUUAGAUCUGAUAAUUAGCAUGAUCAAUUAAUUAAUUAUUGACAA